AUGGCCAGCCAGUCCCCAGGGCUAGCAUCCCGGACGGCGGCUGACCCCGACACCCGCGCCCGCCUCCCCGACCCUCGCGGGCGGCGCGUCCCUCACCACAGGGCCCCAGCCCGCCGGCCCGCCCCGCCCCCACAUGCCGCCCUCGCCCGGACCCCGCGAAGCACCUGCCCGCCUGUCUCUUCUUCGAAAGACCCUGAGGAACGAGCCAGGCUGAGGGAGCCGGAGACCCGGGUUCCCUUCGAGGAACGCGUCUACCCCCACCCACCCCGCGCCUUGCCUCUCGCCACAAACGGGGAAGGGGGCGACAGAAACCGAACAGCGGCUGAAGGGGCCCAAAGCCUCCCGGCAGUGGAGUUUGGGUUCCUGGGUGCAGGACUCGGGGAGUUUCUCCGCCACAGGCGCGAGCCUCGGCGGCACUACGAUUUGGGCUCGGGGCUGAGGCUGCAGCCGCGCGGCCAGGUUCCCGCAGCCCGGAACGGCGCCGCACCGGCCCCGCGCGAGCACCCGACGGACGCGCGCCCCUGUGCGCGGCCUCGCCGAGCCCAGCCGGCGCCCGGCGUCCUCUCGCCCGCGCCUGCGCACAGCACUCUGGGUAGUGUGGUUUCCAAUUACCUCCUCCUGGGGGACCGCCCCCGCCCCGAGUGCCCUCCGAGCCUGGCUCGGGCUCGGGCGCGGGCGGCGGGAGUUUUCACCCAGCUGAGGAGUGUUGUCCUGCCUGGUGCUGGCAGAACCGGGGCCUGGCUGGCGUCCUCAAAACACAGGUUUAGAUAG